CAUCCAGAAAGUAUUAUUGGGAGGAACGAGAAGACACAAAAGCAACUUUGUCUCACAGAAAAGUCACUUUACAUCUCUACCUACUUUGUCGCAAACAAGUACUGUCUGAAAGCCAUGAAGCUCACUCAAUCUUUAGCAUUUUUCGCCGUUGUUUGGACAGGUGCAAACGCCUUCCAACCAGCAACUCGUGCUGCGGGAUCUUUGACAGAGCUCGCCGCUACCAAGAAUCCCAUGGAGAAAAUCCUUCGAAAUCUGGCUAACAACUUCGAACCUCUCCAUGGACAUGGCAGCCUAGAAGAUGAUCUCGACGAGCAGUGGGAAGCACAACAGGAGCUUUUGAAGGAACGUAGACGAAAGAACAUCGAUAAGGAGCAUCUAAAGCAAAAGUACAAGAAUCCCGAGGCACGCAAAACCUUCGAUUUGAAUGUCGGUCUAACAGAUGAUAACAAGAAGAAACCGUUCUGGAACAAGAAGAUUUCUCCUUGAGACACAUUUGCUGGCAGUGGACUAUCACGGUGACUCAGGUGAAAGUACUCCUUUACUCUUUUCAAGCACAGACGCCUGCAUUCCGCUCAGUCAUACUCUCACAAUACCCUAAGACAUAUCAUUAACAACAGAAAAAGAAUUCAAUCCUUUACUUCAACUACUUCCUUCGUUAGAAAAUGAUUGAACCAUGUCUCAACCCACGAUCGAUACCAUUAGCUUAGAACUAGAGAAAAUUACAAGCUUUUUAUGAAGAAUCACUCAGGAAAACUGGAUACGAUCCAUUCAUCAGCAUGCCGCAGACCUGAAUGGUUCUUUCAAAAUAAACCAUGAUAGUAAAGUGCAUCGUAAUGUCGCUUUGGAAUUGCGAGUAAUCAAUGAAAGAUGUGGUCACGAUUCUAAUAGAUGUGGAGGAAUCGAAACUUGUGACCACUGGUCUACUCUCGAAAAUAGCUGUCCGUGGUAAAAUGCUGAACAAUGGAUUCUCUCAAAAGAAAACGGUUAUAGCUUUCAUUCAAAUUAAUUAUUUUUCGCUUCGCAAAAUCAAGCAUCCGUUGUCAGUAGGCGAGCGCGCUCCUCUGAUUCGAGAAGCCAUUGGUCCUUCGUCGACAUACUCGACUUGUGGUGUUCAACAGUCUUGAAGAAAGUAUCCUUAUCCAAGACUGCACCCUCUGUACCAUAGGCUGCAGCCUGCCAUGCAAUUGCUAGUUUUGAGAUCGAUCGACCCGAGAAACCAUCUGUCAUUUUCACUGCCUUUUCAAUCUCUGCUGGUCCAAUACCGUCCGUGACAACCGUCUUCGCAUAUCCAGGAGGUUUGAUUAAAUAUUUAUCAAUGUACAUUGCAAUCAUUUCUCUCCUUUCUUCGAUUCCUGGUAGAUCGAAUUCGACCAUUUCGUCCACACGAUCUAACAAGGCUGGAUCGAACUGGUUCGGUUGAUUACUGGCGUACACCAUCAUGAAUUGAUUUGAUUCAGUUCCGGUUCGGAACAAAAAUGCGUUCAAAGCGUUGCGCUGAUCCUCACUAAUUUUUGUCGUCUCACGAUUCUGCAAAAAUGCAUCUGCUUCAUCAAUAAACAAAAGAAGACCCUUCCGGCUGGUUUUAGCCCAAUCAAAGAGCUUAUGCAACUCCGUCACGGCAUCGCGUCCCAAGGGAGCAAUGUCACCACCCGUCAAGAUAGCAAAGUCCAAUCCC